CGCCCGUGGGAAGGCAAGCCGCAUAAGACUUCUCUCCGUUGUCUGCCCGGAGCCGGCUGAAUCUGACUCGUCCGUCCUGCAGGGCCGAUGGGCUGCAACCCAAGACGAUCGAGACCUUCCGGCAGAUGCGUCUGGUCGACCCCCUGCUGCAGCGCGGCGUCCGAGUUUACGACAUCUCGUUCUGGCGUAGCACGCCGGACGAGCCGCUCCAUCGCCUGGGCCGUGAAAUCCACUACCCGCCCGUGAUCGACGUGUUGGACCCCUACAUCCUGCUGGUGCACCAGGGCAUGAUUGAGAGCCUGUUCAUCGAGGAUCUGAGGAAGCGUGGCUACGAGGUCCGGAGGAACACGGCGUUCGACUCGUACAGUGUCUGCGAGGACAAGAGUGGCCCUCUCCAGGUUAACUGCCGUGCGAACGUGGCGCAGGAGCGCAAGACAAUCCUUACUCAGUACUUAGUCGGCUGUGAUGGCGCCCACUCUAGGGUCAGGAAGAGCAUCCCGGAUGCGAAGCCCCUCGGCCUGUCGCAGCAAUCGGUGUGGGGUGUGCUCGACGGAGAGCUGGUGACCGACUUUCCUGACAUCUGGUCCAAGACUUUGGUGUAUUCGCAGGAGCACGGCUCGAUCCUGAUUGUCCCGCGCGAGCGCAACAUGACGCGCCUCUACAUCGAGCUCAAGAACGGACCGAGGGCCGACAGGAGCCAGCUCGGUCAGGAGUUCGUCAUGCAGCGCGCCCGGGAGAUCAUGGCUCCGUUCUCCAUCCAGUGGAAGUACAUCGAGUGGUUCGGCCGCUACCAGGUCGGCCAGCGAGUCGCAAGCCGUUUCUGCGACAACCAUCUGCGCGCCUUCCUCGCCGGCGACGCCAGCCACACGCACUCGCCCAAGGCCGCUCAGGGAAUGAACACAUCGAUGCACGACGCCUGGAAUCUGUGCUGGAAGCUCAACCUGGCCGUCCGUGGUCUUGCCAAGCCUGCGUUGCUGGCGAGCUACGAAGAGGAGCGACGUAAAAUCGCCCUUGACCUGGUCAACUUUGAUUACGAGCACGCAAACCAGAUUGCUGGGGGCGAUGCCGAGGCACUAGCCGAGAACUUUAAGACGAACGUCCGCUUCAUCUCGGGCGUAGGAGCCGAUUACGGCGAGAACGCCAUCAACAUGGUCGAGCCCCAAGCAUGGGUUAUGGGCGAGGCCAAGCCGGGGUGCCUCCUGCCGCCGGCCAGGGUCACGCGCUACAUCGACUCGAACCCGGUCGACAUCCAGCUCGACAUCCCCAUGCUGGGCCAAUUCCGCAUCUACCUCUUGAUGUGGGACGUGCACCAGUCGCGAAUCUUCCUCGACACCUUUUGCCAGGCCAUUGCGUCGAGCGACUCGCUCAUCAGCCAGCUCUCGGCGGCCGCGAGCAUAUCCUACACCAAACAGCCGCGGGCGCCCGCCCCGGAGGACAUCUAUCUCCGGCCCGAGCGCUACACCGCCGUCAGCCACCUCUUCACAUUCGCCCUGAUCACAACCAUGCCCAAGUCCGAAAUCGAAAUCGCCGACCUGCCCCCCCUCCUUCAAGACAGCCGCUGGACCUUCUACCUCGACGACCUGCCCGCCGCUGGCACCGUCACCGCCACCACUCCCCCGAUCCCCUCCGCCGCCGCUCCCGACGUCGUCGUCGGCCGCGGCUCGCUCUGCACUAACAAGUGGCUCGGCAGCCUCGCGCCCGGCGAGGUCGCCAUUGUCAACGUGCGCCCAGACGGCUACGUCGGCUCCGUCGGCCGCUGGGACGCGAGCGUCGACGACGUCGCCGCCGGCGAGGACGCCGCUAGGUGGUUGGAUGCCUACUAUGGCCGGUUCUUGACCGUGCCGGGCGCCGGCGUUGCCCCUGCUACUACUGCCGCUUCUGCUGCCGUGUAGGUGUAUAGGGAGGUGUGGGGGUCGGGGAGUAUGGCAUGGCAUGGCCUGGGCGGGGGCUGAGCUCUUAGCCUUUGCUUUGGUCCUGGAAAUGGGGCUGUGGUUGUGUGGUGCUAGUGUUCACGUUUAUAUCGGCCUGGAGUUGGCUGGUCGGUUAAUUUGGUUAGUCGAGGAGGAAGCUACUCGCCGUAAGGGGUGAGUAGAAUGAGUGGCGCAGUGAAUACGUCAAGCGAGGAGGGAGAAGACGGGUUGUUAAAAGUUGUGGGUGCUGUCAUGGUGAUGAGUGGUAAUGGAUGAGGAGGAGGUCCCUGCCAUUUCUGGCUCGCGAGGCCAUAUUAUAUAUACGAAGGCUGUCUCGAGGCAGCAUUUGUUGAGGUCAAGUCGUAUUUGCAUUUUCCUUGUCAUUUUGUUUCUAGUUAUAUAUGUAUGGUGUUUGGCGUUUUGUUAUGAUAACAAACCUAGAGAAGGGUUUUAGCUGCUGCUUCUUCUGCUUGUGCGACUUUUGGGUUGGCCGCCUCACCAGGUAAGGUAGCUACUCAAUGUGCUGAGUUGGACGCGCUGCACUCUCACCUUGACGAUGUUCGCCCCUCUCCUUACUCACUUGCCGGUGAGGUGGACUGAAACGUGGUUCGGAUUGAUGGGCCAUUCCGAUUUUAGCUCGACUAACUAGUUCACCGUGGUUUCGGUUCCUGAGCAU